UCUCAUUUUAAAAGCCAACAAAUUUUAUGAAUCCCAAACCCGUUUGACACCCAUCCACCUUUCUAAAACUGCACUUUCUCUUUUCCUUCACUAUGUCUAAAUCAAAUGUAAGAAGACAUGCUCUGGAAAAGAGCAUGACUUUGAAAGACACACAGAAAAUAUUGAAUCAAAGCUUCUUCCCUAAAAGCCUUAAGAAAGUGUACCCAGUUGGACUUCAGAAAAGCACUUCAUCUUUAUCUUUAUCUUCAUUAUCAUUAUCUUUAUCACAAAACUCAAAUGACUCUUCCUCCCAGGCUGAUUCUUUGACUCCACUGGAUGAAAAUAUUUCAUUGGCACUGCGUUUGAUUUCAGUUUCGCCGCGUCAAAGAAGAGAGCCUACAGCAGCAAAAACUGCACAGCAACUCAACACUGAGCCUGGGGAAUUGAAAAGGUGCAAUUGGGUCACAAAGAACAGUGAUAAGGCAUACAUAGAAUUUCAUGAUGAGUGUUGGGGUGUUCCAGCUUAUGAUGAUAACAAAUUGUUUGAGCUGCUUGCAUUGUCUGGAUUGCUCAUGGACUACAAUUGGACUGAAAUCCUAAGAAGAAAGGAAACGCUUAGAGAAGUUUUUGCUGAAUUUGAUCCCUACACUGUUGCCAAAAUGGAGGAAAAGGAAAUCAUGGAGAUAGCAUCAAACAAAGCACUUUCUUUAGCUGAGAGCAGAGUUAUGUGCAUAGCAGACAAUGCAAAGUGCAUAAUGAAGAUUAUUAGGGAAUGUGGAUCAUUCAGUAGCUAUAUAUGGGGUUUUGUAAACCACAAACCAAUAAUUAACAGAUACAAAUACCCAAGAAAUGUCCCUUUGAGGAGUCCAAAAGCAGAGGCGCUUAGCAAGGACAUGGUAAAGCGUGGAUUUCGAUUCGUGGGUCCAGUGAUAGUGCACUCUUUUAUGCAAGCUGCAGGGUUGACCAUUGAUCAUCUUGUGGAUUGUUAUAGGCAUGAUGAAUGUGUAAGCCUAGCAGAAAGACCUUGGAGGCACAUCUAAUUAACUAACACUUUGAUAAUUUUCAGUUGGUUUUUGUGAGCAAAUUAAAGCUACUCAGUUUUCCAAACAUGUCAAACGAGUAAAGACAUGAGUGCUGUAUAGUAGUUCCUUUGUUUCUUUUGUUUGCUUUUGGGUUUCCAGGAUGUCCAUCCCUAUUGUACUUAUUGAUUCUAGUGCCACACCAAUAUUGAAUGAAAGAGGAAAAGAAAGAAAGAAGAAUAAAAUAAGUGUUACCACUAGAGAGUCAAGCCCUCUGAUGCUAGAAUACUACUUGUUUGGUAUGGGACGUAUGGCAGGCCCAAAUAACAAAAUGGUAAUGUUGGUGUUAUCUCAACUCAACUACAGUGUAGUCGUAGACUAAAAUUGUCUAAAAAUUUGCUCUGCUAGGGUUUCUGAGAGUUGAGUGUCGUUUUCUCACUUUGGGGGCUCCUCCCCCCUUUGGGGGCUUCUCCUCCUUUAUGGAGGCUCCUUUUCCUGCUCUAGGUAGGUUGUCGUCCCACAAUAGGUGGGUGUUUCUCCACAUUAGGUUGAUCUUUUACCUAAAUAAGUGUGUCUUUUGUUCGGCCACCAUGAUUCUCCUCCACUGCCGCCCCUUCCUCCACCUUGGCCGCCUCUUCCAUCUCAUCUGUCACCAGGAGCCCCGCUGAGUGCAGAUCCAGUGUUGUGACGCUUAGGCCUCCACCUCAACACCACAGUUUCUGAACGCACCGCCGCAUCCCAAGCCACCGCUGCAACCCAGAUCCGCAUCUUUGGGGUUUAGGGACUUUUGUACUACCCUUAGGGUUCUUUCAUCAUGUUUAUGCUGGUUGUUUCAGUUUAUUUGCUUGAGUGUGCAUGCUUGUACUUAAAUCGCUUAUGUUCUGCAUUGCGUUAUCGCUCCUUGAGACUUGUUCUCUCAUGUUGUAAGUAUCGUGAGGAAACCCUUUGGGUUUUGAAUGAAUUUGAAUCAAUGACAAAAAAAAAAACUACAGUGUUGCAGUUAAAAAAAAAAAACUCAACUACAGUGUUGAGUUGGGGUCCGUUCGUCUUCAAGUUGAUGGUUUGUCUGCCAGCUUUCAACGGCCAAGCUAGGUUUAAUUUUAGCACAAUAACAUU